GAUGGCCGCCGCCGACGCGCAGACGCCGCGGGAGCCGCCCGAGCUGGAAGACGCUGAUAAUUCAGAGAAAAGCAUGAACGAAGAGAACGGAGAGGUGUCCGAAGACCCGUCUCAGAAUAAGCACAGUCGCCACAAAAAGAAGAAGCAUAAACACAGAAGUAAACACAAGAAACAUAAACAUUCCUCGGAAGAUGACAAGGAUAAAAAGCAUAAACAUAAGCAUAAACACAAGAAACACAAAAGGAAAGAGCUGAUGGAUGCUUCUGACAAAGAAGGCCUGUCCCCGGCCAAAAGAACUAAACUCGAUGAUCUGGCUUUGCUGGAAGACUUGGAAAAGCAGAGGGCCUUGAUCAAAGCCGAGCUGGACAACGAGCUCAUGGAGGGCAAGGUCCAGUCGGGGAUGGGGCUCAUCCUGCAGGGCUACGAGUCGGGCUCGGAGGAGGAGGGCGAGAUCCACGAGAAGGCCCGGAACGGGAACCGGUCCAGCACCAGGGCCUCCGCGGCGAAGGGGAAGCUCGAGCUUCUGGACAACAGAAACAGCACGAAAAAGCGAAGCAAAAGCAGAUCCAAAGAACGGACUAGGCAUAGGGCUGACAAAAAGAAAAGCAAGGGAGGCCUCGAGGCCGUGAAGGAGAAGGCCGCCAGGAGCAAGUCCAAGGAGAGGAAGAAGUCCAAGAGCCCGGCCAAGAGGAGUAAGUCGCAGGACCCCGCCGCCAAGUCCCGGUCCCCGGCCUUGAGAAGGCGCUCGCAGGAGAAGGUCGGGAAGGCCGCCAGGUCUCCUGCCGACGACAAAGUCAAGGUGGAGGAUAAAAGUAAAUCGAAAGAUAGAAGGAAAUCCCCCAUCGUCAAUGAAAGCAGAAGCCGGGAUCGGGGCAAGAAAUCCAGGUCCCCGAUUGACUUGAGAGGUAAAUCCAAAGACAGGAGGUCUCGGUCCAAAGAGAGGAAGUCCAAACGGUCCGACAUGGAUAAGGAGAAGAAGCCCAUCAAAUCACCCUCGAAAGACGCUUCUUCGGGGAAGGAGAACCGGUCCCCCAGCAGAAGGCCGGGUCGCAGCCCCAAAAGAAGAAGCCUGACUCCCAGGCGGGACCGGUCGAGGCGAAGUCGCUCCCCGCUUCUCAGCGACAGGCGGGCGAAGCAGAGCAAGUCGCCCUCCCGAACUCUGUCCCCCGGGAGGAGAGCCAAGAGCCGGUCUUUGGAGCGGAAGCGUAGGGAGCCAGAAAGGAGGCGGCUUUCUUCUCCCAGAGCACGAGCCCGGGAUGACCUGCUGAGCCGACGCGAGCGAUCGAAGGAUGUCAGCCCCCUGGGCAGGUGGUCUCCGGCCCACAGGCGGCUCAGCCGCUCGCCCAUUCGAAGGAGGUCUCGGUCCCCACUUCGCCGGAGCCGAUCUCCCCGGAGAAGAAGUCGGUCUCCCCGGAGAAGAGACCGAGGCCGGAGAAGCCGAUCCCGACUCCGAAGACGCUCCCGGUCGCGCGGCGGGCGCCGACGCAGGAGCCGGAGCAAAGUCAAGGAGGACAAGUUCAAAGGGAGCUUGUCUGAAGGCAUGAAGGCCGAGCAGGAGUCCUCGUCUGACGAGAACCUUGAAGACUUCGAUGUCGAGGAGGAAGAUGAGGAGGCCCUGAUUGAGCAGCGGAGGAUCCAGCGGCAGGCGAUAGUCCAGAAAUACAAGUACCUUGCCGACGACAGCAACAUGUCGGUGCCCUCGGAGCCCAGCAGCCCCCAGAGCAGCACGCGCACGCGCUCGCCAUCCCCAGAGGACAUCCUGGAGAGGGUGGCCGCCGACGUCAAGGAGUACGAGCGAGAGAACGUGGACACGUUUGAGGCCUCGGUGAAAGCCAAGCACAACCUGAUGACGGUCGAACAGAACAAUGGUUCAUCUCAGAAGAAGAUCUCGGCACCUGAUAUGUUUACAGAAUCUGAUGACAUGUUUGCUGCGUAUUUUGACAGUGCUCGUCUUCGGGCUGCAGGUAUUGGGAAAGACUUCAAAGAGAACCCCAACCUCAGGGAUAAUUGGACUGACGCGGAAGGCUAUUACCGUGUGAACAUAGGAGAGGUCCUGGACAAGCGUUACAACGUGUACGGCUACACCGGCCAGGGCGUCUUCAGCAACGUCGUUCGCGCCAGGGACAACGCCAGGGCCAACCAGGAGGUGGCCGUGAAGAUCAUCAGGAACAAUGAGCUCAUGCAAAAGACGGGCUUAAAAGAACUCGAGUUCUUGAAAAAACUUAAUGACGCUGAUCCCGAUGACAAAUUCCAUUGCCUGCGACUCUUCCGACACUUUUAUCACAAACAGCAUUUGUGCCUUGUAUUUGAGCCUCUCAGCAUGAAUCUGCGCGAGGUGCUGAAGAAGUACGGCAAGGACGUGGGGCUGCACAUCAAAGCGGUGCGCUCCUACAGCCAGCAGCUCUUCCUGGCGCUCAAGCUGCUCAAGCGCUGCAACAUCCUGCACGCCGACAUCAAGCCCGACAACAUCCUGGUCAAUGAAUCAAAAACGAUUCUAAAGCUGUGUGAUUUCGGGUCUGCCUCCCAUGUCGCGGACAACGACAUCACGCCCUACCUCGUCAGCCGGUUCUAUCGCGCUCCCGAGAUCAUUAUAGGUAAAAGCUAUGACUAUGGGAUCGACAUGUGGUCUGUAGGUUGCACCCUGUACGAACUCUAUACGGGAAAAAUCUUGUUUCCUGGCAAAACCAAUAACCACAUGUUGAAGCUUGCCAUGGAUCUCAAAGGAAAGAUGCCAAAUAAGAUGAUUCGAAAGGGUGUGUUCAAAGACCAGCAUUUUGAUCAGAACCUCAACUUCAUGUACAUAGAGGUUGAUAAAGUCACAGAGAGGGAGAAAGUCACUGUCAUGAGCACCAUUAACCCCACCAAGGACCUGCUGGCCGACCUUAUCGGGUGCCAGCGGCUCCCCGAAGACCAGCGUAAGAAAGUGCACCAGCUGAAGGACUUGCUGGACCAGAUCCUCAUGCUGGACCCGGCCAAGCGGACCAGCAUCAACCAGGCCCUGCAGCACGCCUUCAUCCAGGAGAAAAUUUAAGCGGGACGAAGAGCGCUGAGGGUUUGAGUAAUUAAUGCAAAGACUGAAGAGAUGUCACAGCAGUUUAUUCAUGUAUAUAAACUUAUAAAUAUUUCUCCUGCCAAUUUGAGGAAGCAUGAUACAUUUGAAUUAACACCAAGGGUGAUCAUUUCUUUUAGAAAUGUUAGUUAAUCCGUUUGUGUCUGACGUGAAAUCUCCUUGUAGAACUGUUUUAAUCUCCAAGACUGCACAGAUUACAGUGCUAAUGUAUAUGGUUGCAGUUCACAUAAAAGACAAAAAAAAAAAAAAAAACCCAAACAAAGCAAAACAAAAGGCACCUGUUCCCAGACGAGAGGUAGUGUUGGGUGGUUGAUCUGUUUUGAGCAGACUUGGCAUCGUUUUGGUCUCCGGCGAGAUGGCCAGCAUAAAUGCUAUUUAUAUUCACAUUUCCCUAGGUGUGUGUGUGCAGGCCACAGCAGCAUGCCUUGGUGUAGCCUGUGCCGCAAGGGGCUGCCCCUCCUUGAGCCUGCCGCAGGGAUGGCCUCCUUUUAGCAGGCUCUGCAGCAGUCAGUACACUGAGGCCUAACCCUUCCACUCUUGAACAAAACAGCUGCUUUUUAAAAGCGAGAGAAAGGAAAGCGGGCCACAGACCACUCACCCACCGCCUCUCCAGGGUCUGAUUGGCUGAGACACCAGCUCCACCUUCCUAACAAGGUGCAGCUCAGUGGAAGAUGAUGGCAGCCGGAAGACAUGAGCUCAGGUUUCUGUCCUGUAAAGGAUUUUUCUUUAAACACCUACCCUCACCCCGUCACCCCAAAAAGAGAUGCCUUCGUUUAAUUUUUGUCUUGAGUUUUUUUGUUUCCAGCAUUUUGAUUUGGGUUUCAUUAACAUUCGGUACUUAGACAAA